AUGUCCCGCGAGUCUAGUUCCACAUCAUACAAUAAUAGAGCAUCCUCCUCCCGAACCAACACAACACAUGCGCCACUACCGUCACUCUUCAGCAACAUCCGCAUUCCCUCAUUCAGACAAAAUUCGAGAGAUGGGUACGACAUGAGACGGCCUGUAAUGUCACAACAACCCUCACUACCACAAAAUGUGAUCGACCUCACGGAAGAACCAUCCAGCCCGCCGGAAUUCGCACUGCCUCCAGAACGAACGCCAGAUCCUUUAUUGCGAAGGCCAAACGGGCCGAGAAGAUCUCUACGGCAUCACUCCGCAGCCGAGCCUCAAGUCGUUGAUCUCAGUGACGCAGAGAGUGCACCGUCUAGCACGGAAGGACCAUCAAGCCCAGAAAUCGAAUUCAUCAGCUCUCGUGCCCGCUCCAGAUCUCCAGAGGUUAACCAAAACCAGUAUAACGGGGGUCCACGGCAGAGCCACCGCGUGAACCAACAUCCGCGCCCUUAUAAUUUACCAAGCAUCUUCAACUUCGGAUUAGGGGCAAACCUCGCUCACUUUCAAAAUCGAAUAGGGCAGGUUCGAGAUCAGCUCGUCGGUAUUGAUUAUGGUGUAACGGAACAUUUUAAUAUCCCAAAUAUGUUGGAUGUGUCUGCGGUCGGCUUCAAUCUAGACCGUCCUCAGCAACUAGCAGAAGAACCAAGACUGCCCACAUAUGAGGCGCCAGAUCCUCCCCGCAGAGGCUAUACGAGGAAUUCCAAGAAAGAUCAGAUCUUGGUAUGUCCAAAAUGCGAGGGCGAAUUGGGGGCAGGGGAUGGUGAUCUCAAGAGGCAGGUUUGGGUCUCAAGACCGUGUGGACAUGUAAGAAUUGCUAUGGCUAUGGUCUUGACAAAAUUCUGA